GUGCUGAUUUUGUGGUUGAAGGAACAAGCACUAAGGAAGGGUCUCUAGUGCGGGCGGGCGGGAGCCUGUCAGGGUCCCUGGGAGUGGCCGCUCUCAGGUGUGCCUCCGCUCAGGUGACCUUACUACGAGCUGCCUCCCUUUCCGGCCCCCAAAGUGGCUGUUCAGUCUUGCUUGGGAUCAGGACCCUCUCCACGUCCUUGAGCAUAAUUAGCCCUUUUCCAGCUGCCAUGCCUCAGUUUACCUCCGAGUGAACUAAGGGAGAAGCCUUUCCUCUUGGCCAGCGGGGCUCCACGGUGGCCUAAGGUGUCUGCAGAGCCGGAGCCCGGCCACCGCCACACCGCACCAUGGCGCCCACCCUGGCCACUGCCCAUCGGCGCCGCUGGUGGAUGGCCUGCACCGCUGUGUUGGAAAACCUCCUUUUCUCCGCAGUCCUCCUGGGCUGGGGUUCGCUGCUCAUCAUGCUCAAGUCCGAGGGCUUUUACUCCUACCUGUGUACGAAGCCAGAGAAUGUCACUAACGGCACGGUCGGGGGCACCGCAGAGCCGGAACCCGAGGAGGUGAGCCUGGUGAAUGGCUGGCUCAGCUGUAAGGCCCAGGAUGAGAUUCUGAAUUUGGCGUUCACCGUGGGCUCCUUCCUGCUCAGUGCCAUCACCCUGCCUCUGGGCAUCAUCAUGGACAAGUAUGGUCCAAGGAAGCUCAGGCUGCUGGGCAGUGCCUGCUUUGCUGUCUCCUGCUUGCUGAUUGCAUAUGGAGCAAGUAACCCAGACUCGCUCUCUGUGCUCAUCUUUAUCGCCUUGGCUCUGAACGGCUUUGGGGGGAUGUGCAUGACGUUCACUUCGUUAACACUGCCCAAUAUGUUCGGCGACCUUCGGUCCACAUUUAUUGCCUUGAUGAUUGGAUCCUACGCUUCCUCAGCAGUUACCUUCCCAGGAAUCAAGCUCAUCUACGACGCUGGCGCCUCCUUCAUUGGCAUCCUAGUGGUCUGGGCUGGCUGCUCUGGCCUGGUUUUCCUCAACUGUUUCUUCAACUGGCCACUCGAGCCCUUCCCAGGCCCAGAGGACAUGGACUACUCGGUGAAGAUCAAGUUCAGCUGGCUAGGCUUUGACCACAAGAUCACAGGGAAGCAGUUCUAUAAGCAGGUGACCACAGUGGGGCGCCGCCUGAGCGUCGGCAGCUCCAUGCGGACUGCCAAGGAGCAAGCCACCCUGCAGGAGGGCCACAAGCUGUGUCUGUCCACUGUGGACCUGGAGGUGAAGUGCCAGCCUGAUGCUGCAGCGGCCCCCUCGUUCAUGCACAGUGUGUUCAGCCCCCUCCUGGUGCUCAGCCUGGUCACCAUGUGUGUCACACAGCUGCGACUUAUCUUCUACAUGGGGGCCAUGAACAGCAUCCUUGAGUUCCUGGUCAGGGGGGAUCAGAAGACAGUUGCCCUCUAUACCUCCAUCUUUGGCGCACUCCAGCUGCUCUGCCUGCUGACAGCUCCUGUCAUCGGCUACAUCAUGGACUGGAAGCUGAAAGAGUGUGAAGAUACUUCAGAGGAGCCUGAGGAGAAAGACGGCACUCAAGGUGAAAAGAAGCAGAAACGGGACAGGCAGAUUCAGAAAGUCACGAAUGCCAUGCGGGCCUUUGCCUUUACAAACGUGCUGCUUGUGGGUUUUGGGGUGACCUGCCUCAUUCCCAACCUGCCUCUACAGAUCUUCUCCUUCGUCCUGCACACAAUUGUGCGAGGAUUCAUCCACUCUGCCGUAGGGGGCCUAUACGCUGCCGUGUACCCCUCCACACAGUUUGGUAGCCUCACUGGACUGCAGUCCCUGGUCAGUGCACUCUUUGCUCUCCUGCAGCAGCCGCUGUAUCUGGCCAUGAUGGGUCCUCUGGGAGGAGACCCUCUGUGGGUGAACGUGGGUCUGCUCGCCAUGAGCAUGCUGGGCUUCUGCCUGCCACUUUACCUCAUCUGCUACCGGCGCCAGCUGGAGAGGCAGCUGCAGCAGAAGAGGGAAGACAGCAAGCUGUUCCUUAAGAUCAAUGGCUCAUCCAACCGGGAGGCUUUCGUGUAGUGCCCACCCACCGCCUCAGUUGUGGCCUCCUGCCUGUGCUUCAGUGACUGACUGCAGUCAUCUCCCCACCCCAGAGGACCUCAUGCUCUCCCUGGAUUCUGCCCUUUACCACACUGGAGCCCAUACUUCCUCAGAACCACCUGGCCCUGCCGUGGAGUGCUGGUGUGGAGGGACAGGAGAGGGCCUGGGACAAGUGAACCUCCCACUGCCAGAAGCUGGGCUUCCCUGGCCUAGCUGUCACCCCAGGGGCUCUGGAGUCUCCCGAUCUCCAUGGGGCUUGUACCUGGAGCCAAGGGGACCUUUCCAGCGAGCAUUUCUUUCUUUCUUUCUUUCUUUUUUUUUUCUUUCUCUUUCUCACUGAUCGGAUUCUGCCUCUUGCCAAAGCAGAGGGGCCUGCCAUCCUCCAGCACACUACCUGUCCCUGAGCUGCACGCCCACCAACCACGCCCACCUGAGGACAAAGGCUUGCGCUGUCUGCACUCCCCUCGCUUGGCCCCUUACCUCCCCUGGCCAGUCUGGCUGCCUGAGGAAGGAAGGACCCGCUUCCUGUUGUUGGUGCUAACCCUUUUGUCAUCCCAACCCCCCCCCUGUGGCUAGUCUCUGGCCCCUCUUUUCCUUGAAGGCCUGAGAAGAAGCCCCCCUGUCUCAGGCUGGGGAAGGAGUGGAGGGCAGACUAUUUAUACAAAGCCUCAAGAGCCCUGGGCGAGGCUUCUUCCUCGGGAGCCAGAGCAGUGUCUCUCUGCUGGCACGCUUUGUUCCAGUCUGCAACCUGAAGGGAACUAAGGGGACACCACAAGGGCACCCUUCCACCCACCCACAGCUGUUUUUCUGGGGUGGAAAUAAGGCUGUGACUAGACAUGAGGAGCCAAGCCUAAGUAGGAAAGAGGAUUAGAGAGUAACCCGAGGGGUGUGUGUUUAUGUGGUACGUGUGUGUGCAUGUGUGUAUAUGGUAGGAGGCUAGCCCCAGGGGCUGCUUUUAUCAGAGUGGACUAGACCAGAAGCCAGCCAGCCCUACAGCAGGCUCAAAAUAGGAAAGUCAGCCUUGCUUUAUGAUGGGGACCUCUGUGUGGUGGUGUGAUCACAGUGCCCCCUGCUGGCAGACUCACAUCAGGGCACUGGAGCGGUUCAUGUGGUAGAAGCCUGCCUGGCUCACAAACGCACCUUACCUUGACAACCCCUAGAAACCCUGUCUGAGACCUCUUGGGGUGCCAAGAGGGGUACAUUGGUUUUUAAUUUUA